GCGUUUGAGGCUUGAAAGUUGAAACUUGCGUCACGCACUUCGAGACUCCAUCCUCAGAAAACGACCCUCCUCCUCCCUCUUAAGCCCAUUUCAUACUGUAUCAAUGCAAUAGCCACCGAACACGCAAGAUCGAUUCGCCUCAAACAUGGAUCGCCAAUCGCCGGAGAAUCUCAUACUCGUGAGCCGCGACCCAAACGGCGUCGCUCUGGUCACCAUUAAUCGGCCCGCUUCUCUCAACUCGCUCACCCGGCCCAUGAUGGUGGACCUGGCCCAGGCCUUCAAGAGACUGGACCGGGACGAAUCGGUGCGGGCCAUCAUACUAACCGGGUCGGGCCGCUCGUUCUGUUCGGGCGUGGAUCUCACCGCCGCAGAGGACGUCUUCAAGGGCGACGUGAAGGACCCGGAGAGCGACCCGGUCGUGCAAAUGGAGCGUUGCCGCAAACCGAUAAUCGGAGCCAUUAAAGGAUUCGCCGUCACUGCGGGAUUCGAAAUCGCCCUCGCCUGCGAUAUUUUAGUUGCUUCCAAGGGAUCUAAGUUCAUGGAUACUCAUGCCAGGUUUGGGAUAUUUCCUUCGUGGGGCUUGUCUCAGAAGCUUUCGCGCAUCAUAGGGGUGAAUAAAGCCCGUGAGGUGUCUCUCACGGCCACGCCUUUGACUGCGGAGGUAGCAGAAAAAUUGGGUUUCGUGAACCAUGUGGUUGACGACAGUGAAGUGUUGAAGAAAAGCAGGGAAAUCGCUGAGGCCAUUGUGAAGAAUAACCAAGACUUGGUGUUGAGGUACAAGGAGGUUAUCAAUGAUGGCAUCAAGCUGGAUCUUGGCACUGCACUUUCCCUUGAAAAGGAAAGGGCUCAUGAUUAUUAUAAUGGAAUGACAAAGGAACAAUUCAGGAAGAUGCAGGAAUUCAUAGCUGGUCGAGGUUCCAAGAAACAGUCCAAACUGUAGGUUCUUUAUUACACUGAUCUCUCAUGCUGUAAAUAUGUACAUGUUUUCUUCCCAAGUUUGAGGAGUUACGAGCAUUAAUCCAUACAAAAUCCAGACAUUGGUUUUUAAUAAUGAAUUAUAUAAAUGAUAGCGGUUCCUUGUUAUGAAAAGAAAUUUUAUAAAUUAUUUCUGGUU